UUGAAAAGGCAAAGCAGGCUUUUCAUGACUUCGUGCAGACUUCACAUGCACCACAACUAAAAGCUCUUCAGCUGCUUCCAGCAAUAGCUUGCAAUGGAACAAGACUCACAUUGCACAGCAGAGAGGGAACUUCUGGAAGCUGGAAACAGAAUUCCUGCAUUUUCUAUCACAAGUCCAUCUGAUGAAGAACAAAAUCAACCCAAAGCUGAAAUUCCAUGUCAAGUGAGAAAAGAUGACCUGGAAAGAGAUGACCUGCAAGAUUCCAAUGCAUGCCUAGGUCCCAACUCCUCGAUGACCACUAAGGAGCUUCAAGAAUACUGGAGGAAUGAAAAACGCCAAUGCAGACAAGUCAAACUCCUGUUUGAAAUCCCCUCAACCAGAAUUGUAGAGCAUCACUUAGCUAAAUAUGUGAUGUAUAAAAUCAUCAUUUUGCAAACAGGGAGUUUUGACAGCAACAAGUCUGUAAUUGAACGGCGUUACUCAGAUUUUGAGAAACUGCACAGAAAUCUGCUGGAGGAGUUCAGUGAGGAAAUGGAAGAUUUGACCUUUCCCAAAAAAACUCUAACAGGGAACUUCACAGAAGAAAUAAUCAACGAGAGAAAAUUAGCUUUCAAGGAUUACCUGAGACUUCUAUAUUCUAUGAAAUAUAUCCGAAGAUCCAAACAAUUUCUUGACUUUUUAACAAGGCCAGAGCUUCGGGAAGCAUAUGGCUGCCUGCGGGGUGGCCAGUACACCAGAGCUUUGCAAAUCCUGUCACAAGUGGUUGGGCUGCAGGAAAGGCUGACGAGAGGCAACCCUAUCUCAGUUGUCCCUACUCUCUGUGCUAUCGUGGUGUGCUACAAGGACCUGGACAAUCCAGCAAGUGCCUUUGAAUACGGAGAAAGAGCUCUAUCACGCCUUCAAGUUCAUACCAGUCACAGGUAUUACAUUCCAUUGUUAGAAACAAUGAUCGCUUUGGCAUAUGAACUUGGGAAGGAUUUUCUGUCUUUGCAAGAAAAACUGGAAGAAUGGAAGGCAAAAAAAGAUCCUGUAAGGGUUUUUACCCUGAAAGAACUUGCAGUGCGGGAGUACGUGCAAUGAACACAAGAAGGAAGUUCAUAGAAGAUUAAAGUAGUUAGUUCCUUUUCCUCUUGAAAGAGCAAGAUCUGGAAAUCACCUGUCUGGCUAACAUAAUUCUCUAUUACUAGGGGAAAAAAAUUAAAGCUUCUGUUUUCAAAAGAACAAUUUAUGCUUUUACUAUUUCAAACUUAACCUACUUUGUGUGAAACUACACACACAAGAGGAUACAGUAAAUAAAGCACUUAAGAAUCUGCAGAAUCAGAGACAUUGCUUGCUCAUGUGAAAACUACUUCCUUUCAAGAACAAUGUAAGUGAUGCAUCUUAGUACACUGAAUGUAGCUUUUUUUUACUCCUCUAGCUGAAGCCAAACACAGCAGGCUUCAAUAUCAUUUCCCACAAAGAGAAACAACAAACUAUUUUCAAAUGCAUUUUUCCAGUUUUAAUAAUUUCUUAGAACUCCAGCAUUUCUUUCCCCUGCUCUUGCAGUCUAAACAAGAGAAAUCACACAACCACUACAUACUACCAUGUGUUAGAAAUCUGGUAUAAUCUACUUUUCUCAACAACAGCACACAAGUCUGAGCUUUUCUGUACGAUCUCAUUUUUCAGCUUUGAAGUAUAUCUACAAGAGAUAACAGU